AUGUCGGAAGUUAAGACAGAAAGGCCUCGGACCGCCGGUCGAAUAGCACCGACUGGUCGGGUCACUCCAAGCGUUCAUCAAUCGGCUGGAGGUGGAAGACGGAAAGCUAUACCUGUACCACCACCCAGAGUUCCAACUCCUAUGCCUUCGGCCAAUAACAAUCAGCAAAGAAACAAUGCCAACUUCGACGUAGGCCCGCCUGUUGUAGUACCACCACCACCAUCACAAUCACAAUCACAAAAAAAGGAGUCCCAUGAAAACAUCGCUCGAAUAGCAAAGAGGUAUCUUGACGAUAACAUGCAGCAGGCGUGGAUCAAUCCUCGCUUAAUAUCAAUGAUAAACGUGGAGGCAGUAACUUCAACGGAUUACGACUCUUCGAAUCUCAGUAGGGAUUUCAAUCAGGUUGGCUUCAACACUUACAACUAUUCCCAGUUCGAGGAGAAGUACAAGCCACGGCAGAUCUUCAAAUACGGGGAUGAGUAUCUCGAAUAUGGCCGCAAUUCUGUUCGGCUUGAUUCGAAUGCUGAGAGAUCAACGGCAAGAUUAACGGGAAGAUAUCAACAAGACGGGUUGACUAAGUUCGAGCAAAGAUAUUCGAGGAGUCAUUCGCAGCCUGAGAGACAGCAGUAUGCGUAUCAUGAAACACGAUCCAAGUCACAGGACUCACGAGAAUUGACCUUCUACCAUAUCGAUCCACCACCGAAGUUGGAGAAUCCUCAACAACAACAACAACAACAGUUACAACAAUCAUUGCAACAACAGCAACAAACGCAACAACAACAGCAACAACCACAACAAUAUCAACAGCAACAAAGUAAAUCCUAUCGAUCAAGUACUGAUAAAUCAGCGACUGGUAAUAAAAAAGAAUUAACUUUCUACAAGAUCGAUGGUCCAAGCAGCAAUGCAAUUUCCGCCCAGGACAAGGGUAAAGAUAAAUGUGAUAAAAAAGAUAGGAAUCAAGAUAAAUUUGUAAGCUCGAAACAUGCGAAACAAAAUCAUCAAGAACAAAAAAGUAAUUCAUCGAUACCACCAAAUUAUCAGUUGAACAGAUCCCAAUCUGAUUUGUCAGAAUGCCAAUUACCGGAUUACUACAGACAUCAGAAUAAUCCUUACAUCGAUCCACCUAAAUAUCGGCAAUACGACAGGCCCCCGAAGUAUCAAGAAACGCCACCUAAGUCUGAACCACCCCCAAAGUAUCAUGCUGAACCUCCGAAAUAUUCGGAAAUUGUUAGACGUCAGGAUGAUUCGAAAAGAACACAGCGUUCCCAGCAGAAGACGUGCGACGUGCUACGUUGUCCCAACAACAACAACAACAACAACAACAACAAUUGCAACAGGGAAGAUAUUUAUUGCGAUAGCAGUGACGAUUCGGAAUUACACCAACAACAACAGAUUAGAUCGGGUUGUAGUGUAAUUUUGAACAGUAGUGUUCCUUGUGCCGGUGGUUGUUGUAGUAGUAGUAAUACGAGUAAUAGUAACAAUGGUGUUUGCAUUGGUGUGAUAAGUAAUAAUGGUUUCGGUAGUGGAGCUUCCCCAUGUUGCGAACUGACCAGUAUAAGCGAUAAGUAUAAGAGUGCCGUGGAGUCCUUGCUGAAGGCCAACGAAACGGUCCAAGGUCGUCCCGUGGAUAGAUCCAUGUUGAAGAUCGAGAAGCCACAAUCGAAGGUGGUUGCUCUGCACGGUGUCGAGGUCACUGCGAAGUCCACGGACAGGAUGAAAUCCUCGCAGGAUGUCGUAGGAUACGUUAGUAAGCACGACUCUGCCAAAUCCAAGGCGAAUCACGACUCUAAUCAUGGAUUCAAGGUCGAAAAUCUCAAGUAUUACGGAGAAUUGAAAGGCUAUGAUUUUAAGUCUUACGGUACGAUCGACAAGCCAAUCGUUACGUCUCACGAGAAGUCACAUUUACAUGGGGCACCGGAGAAGGUUUCUCAUGAGAAAUGUCACGCGAAAUUGUCGUCAGGCUCGACGUCCUCUUCGUCCCCAGCAAUACAGGCAUACUUGAAGGUACCAAACGUCGUCGAUCGUCAAACUGAGAAGAGUCCCUACGGAGAGCAUUAUUAUCAUAGAUCGUCACACUCCAAGCCGCAGAACGCGUAUCAAGUUUAUCAGGAGACCAAGUAUUCUUACAACGUUAGUGGGGUGCCAGGAACACCGGCCCAGGCCAGCGCAGCCGCAGCGUUCUUUGCAAGGCUACUUUUCAUGAGUGGUUAUUUAGUAUGCGCAGGUGCUAGAAUUAGUCUCAGUACGCUUGAUAGUUUGAAUGUAAUGGUAGUGGCGAACACAUACAUUCUAUGA